AGUAUAAUUUUACGACAAGUAACGUAAGUCAGGCUGGUCCACGAGCAUGGCGGGGCUUGGCAGAAAUUGCAUACUUUGUGCCAGAAAAUCACUUUUAUUUCAUCGUUCUGUGGUCAGCUUGACCAGGCUGCAGAUACCACCAGCUACAGAGGUAGUGGUAACACAAGUUAGAGGUACAAAACGAUGGGUACGCCCGUAUCUACAAACUCUAGUGAACCGAAUCAACCGGGAGAAUGAGUUGCUUGGCCCCCUCCCUCCCCAACCAAGAUCAUCAAAGAUCAACUGGAACUAUGAGAGCGAACUGCAUGCCUUUGGGCCUCGCCUGGGAGAGAAGCUGAACCUGAGCACACUUAGGGCUGCUUUUACGGACAGAUCAUAUGUAGAAGAGGAAGAAGAGCGGAGACGAGAGCUGGAUCUGCCCCUGGAGGAUGUGAAGCUGGACAUGCAGGACAACUCCCAGCUGGCAGAGCAGGGCUGGCAGGUCACAACCAACUACGUCCACAGCUUCCUUAGGGCAGAGUUUCCUCUUCUGCCUGACGAAGGAAUACAAGCCAUCCACGACUAUGUAACCCAGGAGGACAUGUUGGUGUGGAUAGCCAAUCACCUGGGAGUGAAAGACCUCAUCCGCUGUUCCACUUUUCCAAUUCCCCCUCCCGUUACCAAACAAGUCUUCCUGGGCGUCAUCGGCGCCGUGAACCACGACCAGGGCUUGCAGCGGGCAGAGACGUUCGUCCACGACUUUGUGGUGGCACAGCUGGUUGGAAAGGACGUGAACGCCAUGUGGGACAUACCAAAUCCCAUGGGGAUGUUGGCAGAGAUGCUACAGAAGGCAGGAAAGGGGGAACCGGAGCCUCGGGUGAUCAACCAAUCAGGGACUAACACGGUUACACCAGUGUACUUUGUAGGAGUGUACAGCGACAAGGAACUGUUAGGAGAGGCGUCCGGAGACACCAUGCCACUGGCUGUAGAGGAGGCGGCACGGGUAGCUCUAGCGAACAUGUUUAAGACACACGAAGGCAGGAAGCCAUUGGCACUGGACACAAGACUCAAAACUACGGCAAAACUUGCAGACAAGACCAACUAUCUUGAAAACCAGUCAUAAGAAAAAUUGAGAUUGUCAAAGUGCCUCCACCUUUCUUGAUUAAUCAUAUAUUACCUGGUAUAGUUAUAUUCUUGCAUAGAUGUUGUGCUCUUGCAGUCUUUUGUAAAAUUCUGUUACACAGCAUAAGUCUGACAGUUAUAAGAGAUGACAAACACAACAUGUUGAAAGCACAAAAUGUGUAUUAAACGAUUUCUCAAACCCACAGGUUAGUGCUGUCUUAUCUAUAGUAUUAAACUAGCACAUGCCAGCAAAAAAACAAAACUUCACCCAUAAUUACAAGGUCCUUACCUACUUUAUCAGCACUGUUUACAUUAAAAAUUUAAAGUACCUAUACCAGAAAGGUACUUGUGUAUACGUAGAAAAGCUUGAACUGUGGUAAAAGCAUUACAUCUAGAUUUGCAGCAACUUCAAUGCAUUUUGACAUACAGUACAUGUAUUUGUAAUCCUCAAUAAAGGUAUUGCCCCAUA